GGUUGGCUGACUCCACCAUCACACUCGCGUUGGCCCUUGAUCUCCUCUCUCACGUGACCACGCCCCUUCCUUCACAUCCAAUCCCAACAUGGAGCCCAUCAAGGUCCAAUCAGAGGGCGGACUGAAUGUGACCCUCACCAUCAGGCUGCUGAUGCAUGGCAAGGAGGUGGGAAGCAUCAUAGGAAAGAAAGGGGAGACAGUGAAGAAGAUGCGUGAAGAUAGUGGUGCCCGCAUCAACAUUUCAGAGGGGAACUGCCCUGAGCGGAUAGUUACUAUCACCGGGCCAACAGAUGCCAUUUUCAAGGCCUUCGCCAUGAUCGCCUACAAGUUUGAGGAGGAUAUAAUCAACUCCAUGAGCAACAGCCCAGCCACCAGCAAACCCCCAGUAACCCUGAGGCUCGUCGUCCCUGCCAGCCAGUGUGGCUCCCUUAUCGGCAAAGGUGGCUCCAAAAUCAAAGAAAUGAGAGAGUCCACGGGAGCCCAGGUCCAGGUUGCAGGUGACAUGCUUCCCAACUCCACUGAGAGAGCGGUGACAAUCUCAGGGGCCCCAGAAGCCAUCAUCCAGUGUGUCAAACAGAUAUGUGUGGUGAUGCUGGAGUCCCCACCGAAAGGUGCCACCAUCCCCUACCGCCCCAAGCCUGCCUCCACCCCUGUCAUUUUUUCAGGUGGCCAGGUAAGAGCAGACCCACUGGGGGCAUCCACAGCCAACCUCAGCCUCUUACUGCAGCACCAGCCACUGCCUGCUUAUACCAUUCAAGGACAGUACGCCAUCCCACAUCCAGAUUUGAGCAAGCUCCACCAGUUGGCUAUGCAGCAAACCCCCUUUACCCCCCUUGGACAGACCACCCCUGCCUUCCCCGGUCUGGAUGCCAGUAACCAGGCCAGUACUCAUGAACUCACCAUUCCCAAUGAUCUAAUAGGCUGCAUAAUCGGACGCCAGGGAACCAAAAUCAACGAGAUCCGUCAGAUGUCUGGGGCGCAGAUCAAAAUUGCUAACGCCAUGGAAGGGUCAUCGGAGCGCCAGAUCACCAUCACAGGAACCCCCGCCAACAUCAGCCUGGCCCAGUACCUCAUCAAUGCAAGGUUCAGAGACGUGGCGGCCAUGUGGAAUGACCCAUCUUCCAUGACCACAUCCUGAAUCCCUGACUGGCUCCUCCGUUUGGCCCUUUCCAAUGACUGACUACCGCAGACAACCCUGAUGAAGCCCUUCGGACUCUGGCUCUGGCUCUCCGAAAACCCUGACCACCUUUCCACCCUGGUUCUAACUACAUCAGGGAGGGUUUGGCGCUUUUAUUUCAGAGAGCCAAAUUAAGUUAAAAGAAAAAAAAAGAAAUACAAAAAAGUAACUCUGUUGACUAGAUUUUUUAGAGAACUGUUGAAGCAUGUUGAAUGUUUAUUAGAAACAACUUGUGUUAAUCUUUCUUCUUUUUCUCUCUAUCUAUUGCUUUCUCUCUCUGUCUCAGUGCUGCGUAAUAGAACAUCAUUUAAAAGUUUAAAAAAGUACUAGUAAAAGAUUGAGCAUUUUUGUAGAACAUAGUUAUUUGCAUAUUACAGUACAGCUGCUCAGUGAUGCUAUCGGCAG